CGCCCCGCCCCGCCUGGCCGGGCGCCGGGGCCGGGCGCCGAGCGGAGCGGGUUAUCCUUUGACAUGGAACAAGAUGAGUUCUUUGGGGAGAAAGCAUUCCAGCAUUGUUGUGCAGAAUUCAUCAAACAUUCACAACUGAUAGGCGAUGGAUGGGAAUGGAGAAUGUCUAAGGACUGUUCUGAUGGCUACAUGUGCAAAACUCAUUUGCAAAUUAAAAACGGGACUGUGGCGCCUCGCCCAAGACCAUCUGCCCAUGAACAGACGGGUCUUCCCAUGGAGGAAGCUGCAGAGCUGCCCUCGGACGAUGCCGAAGCUCCCGAGGUGGCAGCAGUGUCACAGGUGAUACGAUACGAGUAUCACGUCUUAUAUUCCUGUAGCUUCCAGGUGCCCGUGCUGUACUUCAGGGCGAGCUUUUUAGACGGGCAGCCUUUGACCCUGGAGGAUAUCUGGGAAGGAGUCCACGAGUGCUACAGGACACGGCUGCUGCAGGGGCCGUGGGACACCAUCACCCAGCAGCUUUCUGCUAUGGCCUGGGAAAGCAGAGGAAGAUGGCCCAAGUCCUUGGGCCCCUGCACCCCAGUGGGAAUACCCAGAGGAAGCUCCUGGCUCUUGGCUUUGGAUCAGCGCAGCUCUGGCCGUUGCAACCAAUUGGAGCAUCCAAUACUUGGCCAACCCUUUUUUGUACUCCAUCCUUGCAAGACAAAUGAAUUCAUGACUCCUGUGUUAAAGAAUCCUCAGAAAAUCAAUAGGAACUACAUCACCUCGUGGCUGAGCGUCGUGGGGCCGGUGGUGGGGCUGAACCUACCUCUGAGUUACGCCCAGGCCGCCUCUCAGGACAUGUGACACGUGGACAUGAAGGGGCUGAAAUGAGGAGAAAGCUGCAAUUGUGUCUUUAGAGCGUCUAUAUCAGUGCCUUUCCGUGGAAAGACACGGCCUUUGGAAUCACUCGAGGACUCGGGCAGCUACACACGCCACCUUGGGAAACAGCCCUGGUGAUGCCGAUGCACACAGCACACGUCCUGGGGGAGCUCGCAGACCAAGCUGACUGUGCCGUCGCUCUGUCUCCAGAGGCCUUUUGUAGCCCUGCACACACAGGAAUUGUCUGGGUGUUGCAGGUGCUCUUCAGCUGACCAUGGUGUUAACUCCUGACAGCUUCAUCAGAAAACAAACGCUUGGCAAGCAGCACUCACUCAGUCCCCCUACCCUCCCCAACGCAGCUUUGCCCACUGUGCCCAUGAAACUUGUACUAGCCUACAGCUGGGUGAAACCAUGUUGCACAAACCCUGUUUUUUAAGAAAUGCACUUAAUUUAUUUGAGAGACGGAGGGAGAGAGAGUUAAGAGAGGGAACUCCCAACAGCUGUUUCACUCCCCAAAUGCCUUCUGUAGCCCCUACCUGGAGCCAAAGCUGGGUUCUAGCAACCCCAUCCACUUGGACUAUGAGCUGCAGUCUCCCUGGGUGCACAUGAGAAAGAAGCUGGUGUCGGGAGUGGAGCUGGGACUGGAACCCAGCACUGCAGUAUGGGAUGCGGGCAUCCUAACCAGCACCUGACCACUAGGCCAAAUGCGUGCCCCACAGUGUAUACUGGUGCACACUGACGGGCGUUUUGUAGGCAUGAGGAGAUGCAGAAGCAGAUUCUCCAAAACGUGCUGGCAGCACAGUUCAGGGUGGAGUGUCAGCAGCUUUCCCUCGUGAUCUCAUGGCUGCCGGGACCUGUGCUCACUGCCCCUGCUCAGCGCCAGGAGUGAGCCUUUUCCCACAUAUCCCUGGCCUGGGAGAAAGUCAAAGUGCAACAGCCUGGGCUGGCAUUCUGGCGGAGUGGAUUAAGCCAUCACCUGUGAUGCCGGCUUCCCGGAUCAGAGUGCUGGUUUGAGUCCCCACUAUGCUGCUUCUGAUCCAGCUUCCUGAUAGUGUGCCUGGGAAAGCAGCAGAAGAUGGCCCAAACGCUUGGGCCCCUGCACCCACGUGGGGAGAUGGAGCUCCUGGCUCUUGGAGUCAGCCUGGACCAGACCUGGCUAUUGUGGCCAUCUGGGGAGUGAACCUGUAGAUGGAAGAGAUACCCUUCCCCCACACACCUCAGUCAAAUUAAUCUUUCAGAAAGAAAUCAAAGGUUGGCUUCUAAUGAAGGCUUAUCACUUUCACAUCAUCCUAAAGUUGAGAAGUCCUAAGUGGACCCAUCCUAAGCCAGGGACCGCAUGUAGGUGGACAGUAGGGAAGCCUAGGACACUGGUUCAUGGCUGCUGCAGCUGGAACGUGAGCUGUGUCUGCCGCAGUGCGUGUUGAGAUUGGAUUCCCAGGGCCACCACGCUGAGAGGCAGUGGGGCCUUCCACGGGCAUCACUCAGUCCUCAAGACACUAAGGCAGCCCUGGGAGAGCUCAUUCUGGAGAGAGCCGGUGUGGUCAGCAGGCCGGGCCCCAGGUCCCCUGUUCUGACGGCACCUGCUUCCCCGUCCAUUUUCUCAGAUUUCCCAGUCUCCAUAAAUAUGAGUCAAAAUAAAUGUCUUUGCUUAUAAAUUACCCAGGCCCAGGUACUUUGUGAUAGCAACAGAAGACAGACCAUGGCCCGCUUGUGGGGAGCCAGGUGGGAUGAAGGGCUUAUCUGCCGUGACAGCACCCCCAGUGCCCAUCGGCAGGGGAAGGGCUGCACAUUCACAAAGGGAACGGAGGUGGGGAAAGGGUUAACGCGAUCUGCUAGGAAAGCUUAAAGUGAAUUUUAAAUCGCUGAGCUGCACAUAUUCCUGCUUACGUGCUUGCAGGGCAUUUUGGUAUUUACCACGGAACGGCUUUCCCACCCGCACCAGGGGUUCCUCCCGCCACGCUCCCCAGAGUAAACGCAGACUUCUCAGCAAGCCCUGUGUCCAGCCAGGCCAUGACCGGAGCACAGAGCACAGAACGCUGUGUCCUCUGGGUGUCGGCAGUCUGGAGGCACUGCUUCUCCUGUGCCAGCGGAUCCUGAGACGGCCCAGCAGCAGCCCGCACUGGGUUUCUUAAAAAGAUUCAGGUUUCUUCUCUCUGCUCGGUGAAGACCUAAAAGUUCAUCAGCAGCAGCAGGAAGUUCUGAAGACAGGGAAGUCCCACCCUUGCCCCCAACACCCACACAAAUACAUCUCCUCAGGCAGCGCCACUUUCAGAAUUUUUUCACAUAAAAAACCUUAAUUUGGGCUUGACAAAAUGUUCCCAUUUUCAGGGGCAUACAUUUGGCACAGUGGCUAAGAUGCGCAGGGCAAGCCCACCUCCCAUAUCAGAGUGCCUGGUUCACGUGCAGGCCUUCUGCUUCUGCUUCCAGUUCCCUGCUAAUGUGCACCCCAGGAGGGAGCAGGUGAUGGCUCAAGUGCUUGGGUCCCUGCCACCCAUGUGGGAGACUUGGAUGGAGUUCAGGGCUCCUGGCUUUGGCCUGACCCAGCCCCACUGUUGCAAACAUUUGGAGAGUGAACCAGCAAAAGGAAGAUCUGCUGGCUGGCACCUCAGAGCUGGGUCUGGAGGCACACUGAGAAUCUGUGUUUGGCUCAAAAGUCACCAAGAGCCAUUCAAGUAGAGAAGCUAAAAUGAUGCCAUUUGUGUCUUAGGAAGAACCUGCACUUUUGAAAUGACUGUUGCAUAUAAUUAACCACACAUAUACUUUGUCCAUGUUUUGUUGUUUGUACCAGCCAAGGAGGGCAGAGGAGGGGCUGGGACACUUGGCUUUUUACACGUGCCCCCCAAAACAAGCUUAAACGCCUUGAGCCCUGGCUUACCGUGUUCCCUGAGGCACGUCGCGGUGCCUCUGUGAGCUGUGUGUUAAUAGACGGAAGUAUAUUAGAUCAUUAAAUCAAGGUAUUGGAUUAUGACCAUUAUUUUUUAAAUGAAUACAUAAAUGAGAAAUUAGCAAAUGGCGUGGCACACAGUAAGAGGGUGCUUAUUUCGCAAGACUUUGGUUUCGGCUGCAUUCACGCAUCGCUUGACAGUGGGAAUAUGUUCUGAGAAAUGAGUUGUUGGGCUGUGACCAUGUGGGUAUCACAGACCGAAAUGGGGGCCUACUGACACCUAGGCUGUCGGGUAUACACCAUCUCAGUGCAGCCCAUCGUGGGCUGCAGUGUCACUGUGCUGUGCAUGAUGGUGUGUGUGUGUGUGUGUGUGAAUAUGCAGUGUACAACAGUGUGUGUGUGUGUGUGUGUGUGAUCAUGCAGCACAUGACAGUGUGCGUGUCAUUUAUAUGAUAUCUCUGUGUGUUGGGUCGUGAAAUACA